AACGCAUAAAUGCCAACCCCUCACAUGAGUUCAAUAAAACAAACAUGGAUUACAGAGGCAAAAUAUUGUUCUUCUCUUAGCAUAACUACACAAAAGGCCAACAUUACCAACUCAACUACCCCUAAUCAGUUAGUAGCCCAAUUCCUAGCAUCCCACAGAUCUUGAGCCAACUUUUGUCUAAACUCUGACCAUUCUACAGAGGGUUGGAUAUGGAGUAUAAGCUCCUCGUCCACAACGUCUGUUUCGUCGUCUUCCUCUUCGUCAAUAUACAACCUUUCGAACACAUCGGCACCAACCUCUCCACGUAUGAAAUUAUGCAGCAAGCAACAUGCAUUGAUUAUCUUUGUUACCAUUUUUGUUGAAAACCAGGUGGUAUCUCUUAAGAUUGCCCAUCGCAUCUUCAGUAUGCCGAAUGCUCUCUCUACGCCAUUUCUUGCUGUUGAAUGUCUCAUAUUAAACAUUUCUUCAGGGGUUCUUGGCCGUCUCCCGUCCCAAUCUUUUAGGUGAUAACGUUGACCUCGAAAAGGGGACAAAAACCCCUCACAAUUACUGUAGCCAGCAUCACAUAAGUAAUAGAAACCUGUCAUCAUCAAGAUACAUUAAUAAAACUCCUUCAUUAUAAAACUACAGUACAUAGAGGAAAGAAGACAGAAACAUACCUUUAGGAACUUUUAAACCAUUUGGCCUAAUAAGGGCAUCUCUCAAAACCCUCCCAUCAUGAGCAGACCCUUCCCAACCCGCCAAACAGUAAAUGAAUUCCAAAUUCUGAUUAACAACUCCCAGAACAUUCAUUCCAAUCGUUCCCUUUCGAGUACGAUAUCUUUCUUGAUUCUCUUUUGUUGCACGUACAGUGACUAUUGUUCCAUCAAGUGCGCCAAGACAAUUCUAUAAAAUAAAAAAAAUCAACAAUUGUUAAAAGUUUACAAGUUUCAGAACCAUCAUAUGCACACAUGUAACAGACCCUAUACCUUGAAGUGCUUCCAUUUCGGAUCAUCAGAAUUCUCGAGAACGGGCGUGGGUUUACGAAGUAAUAUAGAGUGCAGUUUCAAAACCGAAUGAAGAACAGUUUUGAUGACCCUACAUAUGGUUUCUCCUGAACGACGGAAGGUGACCUGCAGCUGACGAUUCUUCUCAUUAUGGGCUAUGGUGUAAAGAAAGAUGGCCACCAUCUCAUCUAUUUCGAUGUUCCAAGUACAUCUAAGGCCUCCGCGAUCCCUAAGAAGCUUACAAAGUUUCUGAAACGUCAUACAGUUCAUUCUAACUAGCAUAGUGCAAGAUACGUCGCCGUGGGAAACAAUACAUCGCAUGAAAGAUUUUCUAGCUAACUGUCUAGCAAUAGGUGUCUCCCAAGCAGACACAUGUUCUAUUCUUUGCACACGUUCAGAUGCUAAUGCGUCAUAAUAAUUGAUAACAAGCUUGAUGAAAUUGAAAAAAAGCUCCAAGUACAUGGAAAUCGCAGCUAUGACUGCCUUCUUCCUUUGCUUGGGGCACCUUGCCAUGACCUUACCUUCUAUCACUGAAUCCUUGUUGAGCUAGCCCAGAAAUUAGAGAGUUGUAGGAAACCCCGUCCUUAUCCUUCAGUUUGCUGAAAACUUGCUCAGCAUAUGUGAAAUUCCCCAAACGAGAAUAGAUGGGUACUGAUUGAAACUAGGGAUAUACCUGUUUGAUUAAGCAGACAACCAAUGAACGAGCUCCUUCAAUUGACGACAGAACCAGUUGCUGCGGCCUUCUGCUUCGAUUCCUGGGGAUUUUCCAAUGGCGAGAUGUGUAGAGCAAGGUUUGCCAUGACUGAACUGGGGAUAUUCCUCUCCGUUCCGCAAACGAUGAACGAACGAAUGAGCUUCUUCAACCACCGUGGUUUGAAGAACAGCUCCAGUACUCCCGCUGCCAACAACAACCUCACACACGGCGGCGACUCAUAAUCGAGAAACUCCUUGGAUUUGGUUUAUAACGAUGAUUCUCCAUGAUGACAGACUACUUUACGAUUAACCUGCACCCAACACAGAGCUAGGCCGCUUAUACCCACGAUUACUUUAACAAAGUAAAAGCAAUCUGUACGAAUUAGCUUCUUCAAUUGUCGGCAGAAUACGAAGUUGAGGAGAUUCUGCUUCAGUUCCGAGGGAUUUUCCAAGGGCGGGAUGUGUAGAAUUAGGUCCUUGUCCGUCGUGAUGGCGAUGAUAAUGGCUUUUUGUUGGAGAUGGAGGAAGAAUUUUAGGGAUAGAUAUUGUCGAACUCAGGAGCAGGGGAGGAGCUUCUUUUUCUGGAAACUACACGAAAGAAAGGUGAGUGAGAGAGAGAGUUGUUGAUGAGGGUAGUCAUGGGAUAAAGCAAAAUUACCAGGGAUAAGAAUGGAAUAAUAAAAUGGACAGACAAUCCCUUAUUAUAAUCUCAACUUUUGGUUGAGAUUAGAAAUCACUCAAUUUGAAUGAUUGUGGGUGGGGCCACAAAAAGAGAUUACAUGUAUUCUGGACUAAAUUAAACCAAAAAAACGACACAAUCUCACCAUUACAUGUAUUCAUUAAAUCAUUCACUUGAAAUCACAUCCUCCAAACAAGCCCUAAGUUACCCUGAGUAGGUCAUGCUUUACUGUGGUGUAACCAUUUGGCCAAUUCGAGUAGCUCCCCUUUACAACUUGUCCAUCCACCUUUUAAAUAUUUUCUCUUAUAUGACUAUUGAACCCAAAUUCAUGUGUGUUCAAACUAAUUUGAGCCAGAGUCGAUGCAUAUGAAUUUUGGGUCACUUUGAGAUUGAACCCAAAUUGAACCCCCCUUAUAAUUGUUGAACCCAAAAUCCCACUUUAUCGAGUUAAAUCCAAUAUUGACGCAUUUUUGAUCGAGAACGGUUUUAUCCUUGACACUUUUGGGGGUGUGAAUGAAUUUUAUCCACUUUUGUAAUCAUCGAAUUGGGUGAAGAACGUACUUUACCUGCUUUAUUGAUCGACAGAUUGGGUCGCGUGUGGAUUUUGUUAGAAACUCGCUCGCUUUAUCAAACCGGACAAAGAAAUUUAUGUGUGUUCAAGCUAAUUCCUGUGUGUUCACAAAUUUUGGGUCGCUUUGAGAUUGAACAAAAAUUGAACCCGCCUCUUAUGGUAGUUGAACACAAAUUCAUGUUUGCUCAAACUAAUUUGACCCGGUACCGCUGUUGCCGAGUUUGGGUCGAAAACAAAAUUUACCCGCUUAUAAAAUUAACGGAUAGGGUUAGGUGUGCACUUUGUCGAAAACACACUUCGCUUUAUCGAGUUAAGUCUAUUGUGGACGUAUUUUAGGUCGAUGGCGAGUUUUACCCUUGACACUUUUGGGGGUGAGAACGCAUUUUACCCGCUUUUGUGAUAAACGAAUUGGGUCGCUUGUGGAUUUUGUUAGAAACUAGCCUUGCUUUAUAAUACCGGUCAGAGAAACUCAUGUGUGUGCAAGUUAAUUCAUGUGUAUUCACAAAUUUUGGAUCGCUUUGAGAUUGAACCCAAAUUGAACCCGCCUCUUAUGACAGUUGAACCCAAAACCGCGCUUUAUCGAGUUAACCUCAAUGUUGACGCAUUUUGGGGCAAGGACGAGUUUUACCCUUUACACUUUUGGAUGCGUGAAUGAAUUUAUCCACCUUUGUAAUCAUCGAAUUGGGUCGAAAACACAUUUUACCCGCUUCUGUGAUCGACGAAUUUGGUCGCGUUGGAUUUUGUUAGAAACUCGCCCGUAGUAUGACACCGGUAAGAGAAAUUCAUGUGAGUUCAAAAUAAUUCAUGUGUGUUCACAAUUUUUGGAUCGCUUUGGGACUAAACCCAAAUUGAACCCGCCUCUUAUGACAGUUGAACCCAAAUUCAUGUGUGUUCAAGCUAAUUUGACCCGAUACCGGUUUUGUCGAGUUUUGGAUGGAGAACAAAUUUUACCCACUUUUGUAAUUAACAAGUUAACAAAUU